AUGGGUAAUAAUAUUCAUACAGUAGGAGUACUGGUCCUACUUGUCCCUUGGUCCGACCUUCCACAAGAACUGCUGGAGUUGAUAAUGGCACAUGUGACUACAACUUUCGAUCUUCUACGAUGCCGCGGUGUAUGUCAUUCAUGGCGAUCUGCUGCACUGAAUGUCAUAUCACGUGCUGCUACUACUACUAUUCCAUUACUCCUCCUUUACAAUAAGGCCGACUUAUACAAAUCUCCCGCCAAACUCUUAUGUCUUGGUAAAAACACCACCGCUGAGUAUUGGCUCUCCUCACCCAGAAUGAAGAGGUUGUCCUUCAAGGACUACGGUAUCUUAUGCAAUGUGAUGUAUCCCGAAUUGAUAAAAUCCAUGGAGGGGACCCGGAUGGCAGACGAUGAAGGCAUCGAGGAAGAGGUGGGCAGUGGUGGUGCUGUUCCAAAAAGGACCAGGUGCGUUGCUACCUAUCGUGGAUGGCUACUACUGUAUCCCUUUUUUGAGAGUGCACUGUAUCUCUUCAAUCCCCUUUCAAGAAUGGUUGUCCAUCUUCCACCACCUCCGAAACGGGCUAUGGUCUUUGAUCCAAAUGAACUUAGAUUCAUCACAUCAUCAAAUAUUACUGAACCCACUUGCAUGGUCUACUUAUACAAUACAUCAUCGUUUGAUAUUGCUAUUUACAAACUUAGUGACAGGGAAUGGACUCCCGUUUUCACUACAAAUUACGCCCCGGUGUGCGUGGUAUUUUACAACGGUAAUUUUUACUCCGUUGACGAGUUUGGUGUGCUUCGACGUUUCUUAUUUGAUAAAUGUUAUUCUAAUUAUAAGGAGGAGGUAAUAUCUAACGGUACUGGCAAAUUUACCUCUCGAUUCAGGUACUUGGUGGAGUCGUGGUCUGGUGAAUUGUUGAUGGUUGCAAAGAGUUUUGACCAUUACUAUCAUCGUGAUGAUGGAGAAUUUAAAAUGAGGACAAAGUUGUUUGAGAUUUUUAAGUUAAAUUGGAGUAAUGGUGAAUGGGAAGAGAUGACAAAUUUCGGUGAUCAAGCUCUAUUUUUGGCUCAUAAUGAUUCUAAGUUUGUCUCAGUUAGAUAUAAUUCUAAAUAUAAACCCAAUUCCAUCUAUUUCAUUGAUGAUAUUCGGGCAAAUGCAAACUCAUUUAAUAAGGAUUUUGGGGUGUAUGAUUUAGCAAAUCAUAAAGUUGAACCAUUAAAUCUAUGUCAUGAUCAAAUGCAAGAGCGUGCAUACCAUCGAUGGUUUCAACCCGUCAUAUAG